ACAAGACCUGCAACGAGAAACGCAAGCGUAACAAUCAUGCAAUUUAAAUAUAGACGAAUUUAAGCAACCGCUUGUUCUUCAAGGUUACAUCGCUUGAAGACGCCCCACAUCCCCCCUUGUCGCAGAUCAGCUGGCGUACGUUGGUUGAUCGUCACCGGUACCGACCAUGUCCGUAGAAGAGCAGGGCUACACCGACGCUAUGCUGUUGCUGGAAGCCGAGCCGGAGUGGAUGCGGGCCGAGAUCGAGCGUCUCUCCCGGGAGCUGAGUGAGACCACGAACGAGAAGAUCCAGGCGGCGGAGUACGGGCUGGCGGUUCUGGAGGAGAAGCAGCAGCUCAAACAGCAAUACGAUGACAUGGAGAUUGAGUACGAGGCCGUCCGACAGGAGCUCGACCAGCUGAAAGAGGCCUUUGGACAAGCCUACUCCAACCACAGGAAGGUGGCAGCGGAUGGGGAGAGCCGUGAGGAGUCUCUUAUCCAGGAGUCGGCCUGUAAGGAGGCCUACUACGAGCAGAGGGUGCUGGAGCUGCAGACCGAGCUCCGCCAGGCACGCAACAUCCUCACCAACACCCAGUCUGAGAAUGAACGCCUGAACACCAUCUCACAAGAGAUGAGAGAGAACAGCCAGACGAUGGAGCUCCAGAGGAACCAGCUGCGUGAUGACAUCAAGGAGUACAAGUUCCGGGAGGCUCGUCUGCUGCAGGACUACACCGAGCUGGAGGAGGAGAACAUCUCGCUGCAGAAGCAAGUGUCCGUGCUCAAACAAAGCCAGGUGGAGUUUGAGGGUUUGAAGCAUGAAAUCCGUCGUCUGGAGGAGGAUACUCAGUUCCUUAACAGCCAGCUGGAGGAUGCCAUCCGCCUGAAAGAGAUCGCUGAGCGUCAGCUAGGGGAGGCCCUGGAGACCAUCAAGACUGAGCGUGAGCUAAAAGCAUCCCUGAGGAAAGAGCUCUCCCACUACAUGAACAUCGGAGACACUCUGUACCACAGCCCUCUUAGCAUCUCCCUGGAUGGUCUCAAGUUCAGCGACGAUGCCGCCACCGAACCCAAUAACGACGAGGCUCUCCACGGAUAUGAGAAUGGCUUCACCAAACUGGCCAAUACCAUCACUGACGACAACCGCAUCUCCAUGCCCAAGAAGGAGGAGCUGUUCCAUCCGGCCCCCAGCCUUGUGGACGACCUGCUGAGCGAACUUAACAUCUCUGAGAUCCAGAAGCUCAAACAGCAGCUGAUGCAGAUGGAGCGUGAGAAGGUCAACCUGCUGUCCACCUUGCAGGACUCCCAGAAACAGCUGGAGCAGGCUAACGGCGCUCUGUCAGAGCACCAGGAGAAGGUCAACCGCCUCACCGAGAACCUCAAUGCCAUCCGCAAGCUCCAGGCCAGCAAGGAGCGCCAGUCUGCCCUGGACAACGAGAAAGAACGCGAUAGUCAUGAAGACGGAGACUACUAUGAGGUGGACAUCAACGGACCCGAGAUCCUGGAGUGCAAGUACAAGGUUGCUGUGUCUGAGGCAGGAGAGCUGAAGGAGGAACUGAAGACCAUAAAAACAGAAUACCAGGCCUGUCAGUCACGUUAUGAAGAGGAGCGCACCCGUCUGCAGAACGAUGUCACAACGCUGGGGGUGAAGCUGGCCACUCUGGAGAAGACAAGUCAGACAGAGAGAGAAGAGAAGGCUAAGCUAGAGAAGGAGCUGCGCAAGUUGAGCGACGUGGCUGGCGAGUCACAGGGUAGUCUGAGUGUGGCGCAGGAUGAGCUUGUCACCUUCAGUGAAGAACUGGCCACCCUCUACAACCACGUCUGCAUGUGCAACAACGAGACGCCCAACCGUGUCAUGCUCGACUUCUACAAGGAGGGUAAGGGUGGUCGCAGCAGCCCAGAGGGCCGCGGCCGCCGCUCCCCCAUCUUGCUCAGCAAGGGCCUCUUCCCUGAGCCUGGUAAGACCGACCUAAGCGAUGGAGCCCCAUCACCAGUCUCCUCCCUGCCUUCUCCUGUGUCUGACCACCGCCGCGAGCCCAUGAACAUCUACAAUCUGGUGGCCAUCAUCCGAGACCAGAUCAAGCACCUGCAGCUGGCUGUGGACCGCACCACAGAGCUGUCGCGCCAGAGGGUGGCCUCUCUGGAGCUCGGCACUGUGGCCGACAAGGACAAGGAAGCCUGCAUGGAGGAGAUCCUCAAACUAAAAUCCCUCCUCAGCACCAAGAGGGAACAGAUUGCAACUCUGAGGACCGUCCUCAAGGCCAACAAGCAGACAGCUGAAGUUGCUUUGGCCAAUCUGAAGAGCAAGUAUGAGAACGAGAAGGCCAUGGUGACCGAGACCAUGAUGAAACUGAGGAAUGAGCUGAAAGCCCUGAAGGAAGAUGCCGCCACCUUUUCCUCACUCAGAGCUAUGUUUGCCACACGUUGUGAUGAAUAUGUCACUCAGCUGGAUGAGAUGCAGAGGCAGCUGGCUGCAGCAGAGGAUGAGAAGAAGACCCUCAACUCCCUGCUGCGUAUGGCUAUCCAGCAGAAGCUGGCCCUAACACAGCGCCUAGAGGACCUGGAGUUCGACCACGAGCAGACACGCCGAGGAGGUACCGGCGGCCGGGCCAAGACCCGCAGCAAGGCCGCCAGCAGCACCACCAACAACCCCCACGUAAGUCAGAGUCUCACCUGCUCUGGCUCUGGCCGACCAGAGCACAUCAAUGCUAUGCCCAAUGGCAUUCUGGGAGGCCCCGGGGUCUUCUGCAGCGAGAAGUACAAGAUCUACUGCGACUGAGGAGAAGUCUGCAAGGGACUGCUGUGUACAGAGGGGAGGGGGCCUACGGGCCAAACCCUCCCCGCCUUAGUGUUAAGAGCCCCACUCGCUCGCUUAGCUCCCUGGCCAGCCUGCGCUCCUCUAGGGACUGCUGUGUGACUAACCGGCUGCUCGUGUGUGCUAGUGUAAACGCUUAGGGGAAUGCAGAUGUAUGUACAGUGUGCACUAGACGUUUGGACUGUAGUAGACAUAUAUGGCAUGUGGAUUAUAGGGCCCCGGUUAUAUUGGGGGGUUUUGUGGAUAUUAUGGAGUGUCUAUUCUUUCCGCUGUCAUGGUGCUGUACGUAUGAUGUAAAAGGUGGCAGCUUUUGUGCUCGUUUGUUCUGGCCCCCUGAGUGUAUUGCCUGGUAACAGUAACACAUUGUGGGGGUGGGGACUUGUAAAGAGGAUGUUGAUCUGACAGUCUUAUGACUAAACACAACAUCCUCUGCUCCUCGGCUCGUCUGUCGGCAUUGGUGCUCCUUUGAAAAAAAAAAAAGCCCCCUUCUCUCCUCUGCCUCUCCGUCCUGGUACCCCCCCCCCCUCCAGGACUGACCUGUGUCCAGCAGCCCACUGUCUAAUCAGGUCGCACUUAAAUGUUUACAAGAAGAAAAAUGGAACUAAAUAUGCAAUCUCCCUCUGCUUUUUUGCUAGGGGAGCAAAGAAUGAUUCUACACAGAAAUUCAAAAACUCAUAAUUGGGUUGGCUGAUGGUUUCAUGAUGGAAUUGUUUGGGCAGAAAAGGAGCACCUGUGACCACAAGGUGUUUAUUUCAGGAUCAUUUUAAAGCUGUGAUGCUAGCACACCAAUACAGUAGGGUCUGUAGAAUCGCAUGGCUUUGCAGCUGAAACGCUUAUGAGCUUUUUAACUGUUUUUCUGUUGUCAGGUGUGUGGUACAAGACGGACUCAUGUACUACAGGGCUCUACAUUGUAAAAGAGUUUUUUGGUGUCAGGUGAAAUACAGGAGGGCUAUUCAGUGUGACUCAUUAUGUCACAAUGGAUUCUUUCAGAGCCAUGUUAUAAGAGAGAAAGGAAGUUUGAAAAAUCAAUCUCCACACCCAAAUUAAGUGCACUUCAGCAUAGGUGCCUCAGGUUCCUGCUUCUGUUAAAAUGGAUAUAAUGAUUACUGUGAACAGAGAUACAAUAUAGUUUUGAUCAAAGAUGAUUUUUUAAAUAUGGAGCAAAUCCCAGAAGAGCACAAUUUAAAAAAAAAAAAAAAGACACCCGCAUCUGGAUAAUAGAUCUACAAACAAAACCAAUCAACCACUUGGCAAAAAGUGCCUGGCAACCCAAACCCAUGAUAUAUUUAUCUAUCUGUUGAUGUAAAGCCCUGUCCUUGUGUCUCAACUUGAGCUAACGCUGUUCUCUUCCUUCUCUCCCCUAAUCUUCUGUCUCCCCUCUCUAUUUUUGGAAGAUCGCUCAGAGAUCUCCAAUCAUUUCUGUGUGGUUAUGUGGCUGAAAAACCCUUUUCCUCAUGUCUCUAAUCUGUUUCUUGUCGCUCGGUCGCCACAACGACCUUCUCUCUUUUAGAUUGUCAGCAGCUUGCUCCCCCAGCAUCACCACUCACCCUUUAACUAGAAUGAGGACUUGUGGGGAAAAUUGCCCUCUGAAUAUUUUUGUCAGGUAAAGUCCUCACGUACGUUGUGUUCUCGAUACUCGCCUGUGUGUAUAUCUCAGCGUUUAAAGUGAAGGGCCCUCAUGUGUGUAUUAUGUUUUUUGAACUUUGCAAAUGGAGGGUCGUUCACUUCUUUUUAUUUGUGUUUGGUGUGUGAGGACAAAGCAACGUACUGUUUUAGUAUCCAAAAUAGCUUUAACCACUUGCAAGCUAGCAUUACGCAAAUAGGAAAAAAUAUAAGUGGGGCUUGUGUUUAAUAAUCCAUGUACUGCUUGUGGAUCAUAGACACAUUAGCUUUAUGAUGCUAAAAGCAGGGUUGAUGUGAGGGAUUCCUGCAAGAUUUAACAAAUUAUGCGUUUUCUACUACUACUAAGCUAUAUAUGAAAUUCUAUAUUCUUAAUAUGAUCAUGUUCAGGUUAAAAUCUUGCAGGAUCCGACUUACAGUAUUGAUUCCUCUCAAAUAUGAAGAGAGGGAGCUUAUUUGUUCCUCCAGAAAAAGGAACAACGUCAGCGGUCAACCCUGCUUGAGUGUGCAUCCAUAAGCCACAGCACACAGCAUGGAGACAAAGUUAUCGUACACAUUAGGGAAAAAGAAGAAGAAGAAAAAAAAAAGCAACCUCCGUAGAGGUCAAUCACUCUUACGUUUGAGAUUUCACUUACAAGUGCGAUAUAUUCUGUUUCUAUCAGUUAGCGCUGACGGAGAAAAGGUUUGGGGAGUAGAGAAGGGAGAACUACUCAUGUUGUAAACCAGCUCCUGAGAGAGGAGAUAAGAAAGCUAGACAUGCUGGUGAAGAAAGCCAGAUGUCCAGCUGAGAACUGACUCAGAUGUCCAGCAGAGAAAUGAGUCUCGGGGUUUCCUGCGGGAGAAACUCCUGGUAAUUUUUGGAGGAAAAAACAAAAAACAAAAAACACAACAAGAUUGGUUGUUUCAAUCGACCAGCGGACAUUGAUUCAAAUUAGUUGAGCCCCUAACCCUUCCCCUUGUAUAGACUCAGUGGAGCCACUGAGCAGUAGAUAGACCCCAGGAUGUGAUUGUGAUUAGAAAAACUUCUCCCUGGACGGACAAAUCCCAGCUUUGCUCCAUCUACUUUGAAAUCAAUGUCUGGCUUAUAUGGUGUCAUAACAGCAUGCCACCUAAAAAGCUCCUCCUACCUCUGCCUGCAGGCUCCUCCCACCUCACCUUUAAGUUUUACUACACAUGAUGCAUCCAGAUUCUGAUUUGUUGUAAGCCUGCAUGUCAAAAACAUAACCCAUUUUUCAUUAACUUGCAUGGCAUAUGAGAAAAGACCCAUCUCCUCUUACCUGGGUGGUGGGAUAUGGCUUCAACUCUGUCCUAUGAAUGAAAGGUCACGGUACUUGUGAGUCAUUGGCUUCCUAACUGCACCCGCAAGGUAAUUGGUGGUGAAUGUGCUUUCACAUCAGCUCUUCAGGAGCAUAUCGACAAUGUCGAUAUGACAGGAACGGAACGCUCUUACAUAACAUCGGCUGCCUCUGGGCUCCUAACAUCGGCUUCUGUCGCUUUGACUAACUACGGCCGCCGUCUGCUCUGUCUGUGUGGACUCCAGCUGCUGACCAUGUUAAUAGUCGCUCUAAAUUGACAAAUAAUGCUAUUGCUGAUCAUUUGUUUGUCUGUUUCUCCAUUUUGCAGUAAUUACAGUAGUUCUGCGCGGAUGACGAAGUACCAACACAAGGUCCAUUCUCACUGCUGAUUGAGUUCACCGAAAAAGAGCUAGUGCUCACUAUAGUCCAUUUGGACCUGAAGACAAAAAAAUAACAAAAAAUGCUAAAUGAAAACACUGAUUUCCAGUCGGCUGUUCUACUUCCUUCUUAUUCCUUGAUGUGAUGUCUAUUGGAAAUACACUUGGUCUCAUUUUUGCGUGCUGCUACUUAGAAGCCAAUUUCUCACAAGUCCAAUGAACUGAUUGAAACUGACCAGAGUUUGUGAUUGGCUUAUCUAACCCUCCAAUGAGAAGUGGGGGGACAUGGGGUUGUUUCUCAAUGUAAAUCAACAAGCUGUUUUGUCUGGUUUCAUCCUUUUUUUUUUUUUUUGUUUUAGUUUAUUGUUUUUAAUCUGUGCACUUUCAUUAUAUAGGAUUAUAACAAACUAUUAUUAACCUCUAGGAAAGCGUGGUAGUACUAUGGUUUGUGAGUUAUUCAGUAUAGGUUAUAAAACUAUAGGAUUAUACAUCCUACUGAAUUGUCUGCAACUAUUUACUCAAGUAAAGGCUCCACAAACCACAGACCUACUAUUUUGACUUAAUCCUCAAGAUUUUAUCCAUCAAAUAAUCAUUCUUAAAUUGUUUUGUUACAUCAUAUUUUAUGCUGUUGGUUUUCUUAUAUGUUUGUUCUACUGCCAUGUUCUAUACGAAAAUCCAGGGUGAUCAAAUUCUGGGGUUUUUUCAUGUAUUUAUUAUUCCUAGGAAUAGUUCAAAAUAACACAAUGAAACUUGACAACGCUCUGACUCAAAUAGGUAAGUUGUGUUUUGGGAAAAAUUGAGUGAUAUGAUAUAUGCUUUUCCUAGCUUCUUACCGAGGGCGUUCCACUGAAACGGGAUCACUGACUUUCAGAAUUCUCUGCAAAUGCAACAAUUAAAUUCCAAAUUGGAAUUGUUUCAUUCUCUCUUCGUUUAUCGUGCCAAAUCUUGGUACACCGUUUAGGUUUGAAAAAGAAUCAAGACUCUGAAAGAAGACAAACCGUCGCUGAGAAAAGGUGUCGUUUGGGCCAUGGCUCUCCGUGCGAGUGCCGGGGUUUUGUUUUUGGUUUGUUUAAUUCUUUGUUUCUGACCAGUAGUGCCUUUCAUUGUUUCAAGGGAGAAUGUUAGACUAGUAUUUUAUGUUUUCAUUUUUUUUUUUUUUUUAUAUAGGUGAGGACUUUGGGUUCAAAAUGACUGUGAGCAGCAAUAAAUGCAAAGGGAAUUUUCCCCUUUCUGAGUGAGACGAUAGUUUUGAAAUUAGCUCAAUAAAACAAAAAUUGUAUUGAAUUCUGCAGGUCAGUGAUCCGCUCAAUAAAUUCAGGGGUAUUAAAGAAAAGGUUUUUUUUUUUUUUAUCAAACUUUGGGAACCAAAAGAAAUCCCUUUGGCCUCCUGUUAUUGAACAAAAUGCUCCAAGCAUCUGUAAUGUGUUGGGGUAGAUCAGUGUACUAUUGGAAACAUCUACGUAUCUCUAGCUUUGUUUGGUGAAGGUAAUGUGAUAUCAAUAGUAUUGUUGAAAAAAACAAAAUGUGCAGAGAGCGCAUUUGAUCUUUCUUUUUGUCCAAUUUGAGUUUUGUUUGUUGUUUUUCUUUUUUUUUCUUUUUUUUAAUUUUUAUUCUUAAAUCUUUUUUUACAUCAUCUUUGAGCAUUAUGUUUUCAGGAAACAGAAAACUAAACUAGCAUCAACAAGCUUGAAUAGUGCCAUUAUAGCCAAUGCUUGUUUGUUGAGGCGUUAAAGUUACCAAUACGGACAAGAAGCUAAAAAAAAAAGUGCAAUUCAGAUACCGUUUUACAUUUAAAAAAAAGAGAAAGUUUUCUGUUUGCUGGAAGCGAUAGCAUUGUGAUAAUAAAAUUAGCUGUGCAAACUUUAUAUUGUCAUAUUGUGUUUCAGUAUUGAUCCAUAAUGAGAGUUUGAUAUCUUUAUAUGAAAUAACGACUUCACCUGUAUGUUGGUAUUUAUUUGAAUGGUCAUGCAGUACUGUAUUCUUAUCAAUAAUGUGCAUUAUGAUUAGUGGCAUAUUGAUUACAGCUAAAUGUCAUAUGCAUGUUUCUCGGUCAUGGGACCUUUACACAGAAUUGAAAACAAACAUGUAAACUUUUGUCAGGGUGUUUAAAAAAAAAAAUGGUGGGGGGGGAAUUAAAAGACAAGAGUUUAGUCUGAUGUAUUACUGCUGAACUAAUCCUAUGAAAGUGUUUUGUUUGUUUUCCAGUAGAGAGGUGGUCUAUCUGUGUAAAGGUAGUCAUACUGGCUAAAAUCAAUAAAUGUGACUUAAG